GGAACAGCACAGAGCUCAGCUGCAGAUUCGCAAACUUUUCAGAGUUUUAGCAACUGGUGUGCACACCAUCACCUCUGACGGACCCGCAAAUCUGCUACAAGCGCUGAGAAGAAGAUGCUCCAUGAUAUGAAUCUCCUGCAGAUUCUUGCUGUGCUCUUCCUGCCAGGAGCUUGGGGUCAAAGCACCAGCGGUGGGGGUGGUGUGGUGGUGGAGGCCAAGAACAUUACGCUCCCCGCGGGCUCUAGGGCCGAGCUGCCCUGCCACAGCCCCCGCAUGGUGUGGACCCAGGACAGACUGAAGGACCGUCAGAGGGUGGUGCACUGGGACGUUGUCCACAGCAGCCCCAGAUAUUCGGUGGAGCGGGUUUUGGACAUGUCGCCUGGAGCUCGACAGAGGGUUUACAAUGGCUUCAAUAAGGGACGCAUUUCCAUCCCGGACUCCGCUUUCACUGAUGGAAAUUUCUCUCUGGUCAUCAACAAUGUGGUAACUAGUGACACGGGCGUUUAUACUUGUAACUUGCAUCACCACUAUUGUCAGAUUCACCAGUCCAUUCAGAUCCAGCUCAACGUCACCAAGUCAGCUCGGAAAGAGAAACGUUACUGGGACGGAGAGAAGACCGUGCUGGUGGUCCUGUUGGGCAGCGCGGUCAGUCUGCCCUGUGUGAACCGGCGGGCCCUGUGGAGAGACGGCCUCCAGGAAGACCUGCAGCAGGUGGCCCACUGGGACUUCCAGCCGCCUGGGGUACGUCCCAACAAGGCUGACCGGCUGGUGGACCUCUACGCCUCUGGAGAGCGGAGGGAUUACGGCCCGACGUUUGCCCAGAGGAAGAUGAGCGUGGCGGAGGAUGCGUUCACGUUCGGGGACUUCUCACUUUCGAUCCCCGACCUGAAGCCCGAGGAUAAAGGCCUGUACUCCUGCCACCUGCACCACCACUACUGCGGGCUGUACGAGAGGCGCAUCUUCAGGCUCACCGUGGCACCUGCACUUCUCCACGAACCCACGACGCCUCCCAGAAUCGCCUUUAAAGAUGAGCUAGAACCAAAGACGGAGGAGGUCUCAGCAGAUGACGGUAGUCCCCGCGUGGUAAACGUCUUCCUCCCUGAGCAACGAGGGUAUUUCGUGCAGCACCUGGGCUACUUCCUGGCGACCUUCCUGCUACUGGCAUUCAUUGUCUUCGCUGUCAUCGUGUUGACUAGGCGACGGAAAAAGAGAGGGUUGGAGUAUGAAAUGGGUAGAUCUGUUAGACGCAGUGUGAUCAGUGGAGAUGAAAUGGCAUUAGAUUGCACAGAACUGAGGACUUUCAAUCAAGACCCUUUGAAUUCAGAAUACAAAAACAACCUACUCAAAGAAAGAGAAAUGGUUAAAGAGUGCAAUAAGGAGUUCGACGGGAGGAUGUGAAGUGAGUGCGAUAUUUCCAAGAUGCUGCUGGCAGGUCCAGGGCAAAACACCUAAGGCGUAAAGGAUGGUGGAAUGAAGAGAAGGGGGAAGAAAAUAACACAGGAAAUCCAGGCGAAAACACAGGAGGAUUACUCCCUCUGCUGUAACAUGAGCAAACAAGGCUUUUUCACUUAAAGGCUUCACUUUUUUCCCCGUUCUUUUCUUAUAUAUGUAUAGCUUGCAUUUUCCUCAGCAAAACUAUGUGGUUAGAUAGAUUUUGUCAAUAUAUUUUCUUUCAUUUGUUGUUUCACAGCGUUCGGUUUAUUGACAUGUGUUCCUAACGUUCACGUGUUUGCACAAAGUCAGUUUUGCUGUAGUCAGUAAAAUAUAAUUCAAGAUAUUAUGUCAAUAGGGGGCACUAGGGUGCCACCCCCAUCAGUAAAGCAGUAAAAGGGUGUAGCCACAGUAAACAUAAAUUACAAAAUAAAAUGUAACUAUUAAAUCUGCUCUGUCACAAAAUGUGUCUGACUUUUCAGCAUUCCCAUUCCAUUUUGGAUUUAUUUGAGGGUAUUUUUUUUAUGUAUGCCAUUUUAAUGUUUCAAACCACGGGGAGCUGGAUAAAUAAGUGUACCUUUUAAAACUUGUUGCUUCCAUGUGA